AUGUGGCUCAAGUACGGGCAGAAGCAGCUCACGGGCGGAACUCACGGCAGGCACUACUAUCGCUGUAGUCACUUUCGCCAACCAACCGAGUGUCGCGCGCGUCGCGUGGUCGAUUUCCACAAGCACGACUCCAAGUUCCCACUCCGAAUCUCCUUCUUCGGCGAACACAACCAUCCGCCGCCGCUUCACCGCCCGCCGCAACCACUCGCAGCACCGCAGCAGAACCCUUCCGCCGCUGCUGCGCAGCCGGCUUCCGCAAGCGCGACCGUCGCACAGGCGUCUUCCGCUGGUGCAUCCGCCCCCAGAAGCAGCCGCCACGCCGCGGAUCGCCUCAGGCUCUCCCUGCCCGAUGACGUCAUCGGAUCCACGCUGGCAGGCGGAGCUUCUGCCGCUUCUGCAGGCGGAGCUUCCGCCGCUUUUGCUGGCGGAGGCGGAAGCGGAGCGCGUGCUGCUGCGGCUGGAUUUCAGCCUGGAGGCGGAGGCGGAGCGGGAGAGGGGGGAAUUCAGGUGGGAAUUCACGCAGGCCUCGGGGGAAGGCUGCCAUACAGUCUAGCGGAACUUGAGGUUCUCGCUGCAGUUCUCCUUGAAGCCGCCGCCACGUCCGCCGCUGCAGGCAGUGCAAACGCGCCACUGGAGGGUUCGAGAGGCAGAGCUGACGCCACCGCCGCCGCUACCAAUGCUGCCACUGCCACCACCUAUCAAAGGGUGAGCGUUAACGAGCGCGCUUGUGCGUCAAGCGUUGGCGGUGGCAACGGUGGCGGCAGCAUCGGUGGUAGCAGGAGCAGGGCGGUCGCAGCAGAGAGGGAGCAUCAGCUUCUGGAAUCGCUAGUCAACCUGCUGACGUCACCUGUGCCGUCACCGGGUUCCGGAUCCGCCUCCCUCACCCCACGCCCUUCGUCUGCUCCCUCUCCUCGGGAACUCCACUCUCCCAUGCAGACAGGCGCUCUGCUCUCCCCAGCAUCGGCCGUUGCUGCGGUGUACCUUCACUGCGCCUCCUACCCGUCCUACCGCUCCUCUACUGCCACGUCACCCUCCAGCAUGACGUCAGCCUCUGGGUCAAUGCAAUUCUCUCCACAUGCUACAGGGCCUACUGUUCACACAGGGACACGAUUUGGCUUACCAUCCGCCUCCCCUGGUACAGGUGCGCCUUCCGCCACUGCAGCAAGCCAGCAGGGUCCCUCCUCCGCGCAGAGCCAGCAGCAGCUGGCGGCGGCAGCCAUUCUCGCGCACCUGCUGGCCGCGCAGGCGCGGCAAAGCGCCUCCCCGAGAACCCCCAACCCCGUGCAUGAAGCACACGGGGCAGCGCCAGCACCGCGGCAAGUGCGAGAAACACAAGGGGCGGCACCAGCACCGCGCUUUCUCCAUGAGGCGCAAGGGAGAAUGCACCAGCCGCACGUGGCUAUGCAGCAGCCUUUGAAUGUGGGUCAGGGUGGGUCGGUCUCCCCUCCCCGCCCUGCUCUUUCCUGCCCACCCGAGGGCCGACUUCCCGCCCCUCCGCCACUGUUCAUCCCCCGCCCUGCCUCCUCCCCUGCCGAGUAUUUCUCCGCCUCUGCUGCCAUCUCCUCGCCACGUGGCACGAGUGUGAACUGCCGAGUCAGCACCUGGCCGCCAGCUCAGGAGCAGCAGGGCUCCCAGCCGUGGGCUGCGGGUCAGGGGUUUGGGGGUUGUGGAACAGCGUUGGAUGGUGGGAUGGGGGAUGCGGAGCCGUGGCAGGGGGAAGGGGAGGGGAUGGCGGCGGAAGAGGGAGGGGUGGCAUGGAGUAUGAUGGAGGAGGACUGUGAUGAUGCUGGGGAGUUGCAGUUGCUGCAGCUUCAGGAGCUGCAUCAGCUGCUAAAGAGGCAGGGAGAGCGGAGACAUAAACAGAAACACGAACAGGAACGACUACAGCAGCAGCAGCAGCAGCAGCAGCAGCAGCAGCAGCAGCAGCAGCAGCAGCAGCAGCAGCAGCAGCAUCAACAACAUAAUCAAGACCACCAGCUUCAGCAGCAGCAGCAGCAGCAGCAGCGGCAGCAGCAGCGGCAGCAGCAGUGGAGGCGGCAGCAGUUGCUACUACAACACCUGGAAGCGCAGCUGGAUCCGUUCCCACAGCAGCAGCAGGGGCAGGCAGAAGCACCCGUGACGCCAUGCACUGACGACCCUGGAGCAGCCCUCACCCCCUCCUCCUUCACUGCAUCCGCAUCCUCCCCGGCCAUCUCCCCUGCUGGCUUGACCCCUGGACCAUCCUCUUCUCCUGCUUUAACCCCCUCUUCCUGGUACCCCUCCGCCCUAACCCCCUCGGCUCUGACCCCCUCCGGCCUGACCCCGUGUGUUUUGAACCCGUCUGCCCUGACCCCGUCGUCGCAGCACUACCGCGAGCCGCCCUUCUCGGACCAUCAGACCCAGCAGCGGUUCCACAGCUUCCCGCCCGAUCUCGCCUCUUGCUCCCGCCUCUUCCUCCAGGCCGUUAUCGCCGCUGUCUCAGCUCAGCACGUUCCGCCUGCCGUCCGCGCACCAGAAGCCUCCAGUGGCGGGGAAUAA